AUGGCGCUUGCUCUCUCCUACUCCCCCCAUUCCUACCUGUCCCCCUACAAGACAGGGACACAGUUGAAACUGGAUGCUGGAGAGGAUAUGUUUCCCUUAGAUGAAAGUGGCAUGGUCAUUCCCAGUAACACAGACUACCUGGAUACCUGGGAGGCAAUGGAGGAGCUGGUGGACUGUGGGCUGACGAAAGCCAUCGGAAUCUCCAACUUCAACCAUGAUCAGAUCGAGAGGCUAUUGAGGAAGCCCAACUUGAAGUAUAAGCCUGUGAAUCACCAGAUCGAGUGCCAUCCCUACCUUACCCAAGAGAAGCUCAUCCCCUACUGCCAGUCCAAAGGGAUCUCUGUGACUGCCUAUCGGCCUUUUGGAGCUCAUACUCUCAAUCCAGGGGACCCGAUCCUUUUGGAGGACCCCAAGAUCAAAGAGAUCGCUGCACGGCACAAAAAGAGCACAGCUCAGGGCACUGGGGUAGGGUGGAGAGUUCAGACAACAUUUUCUAGCCAGUCUUUAGAAAUAGAAGAUCUCAAUCCAGGGGACCCGAUCCUUUUGGAGGACCCCAAGAUCAAAGAGAUCGCUGCACGGCACAAAAAGAGCACAGCUCAGGUUCUGAUCAGGUUUCACAUCCAGAGGAAUGUGGCUGUCAUUCCCAAAUCAGACAAACCACACCGACUGGAGGAGAAUUUCAAGGUGUUUGACUUUGAAUUGACUAAAGAGGAGAUGGAGACCCUCCUCGGUUUGAACAGGAACUGGAGAGAUUGUUUGAUGGCCCAGUCUGUCAAUCACAAAGACUACCCGUUCAAAGCCGAUUAUUAGGACUGAGCCGGCCCUGGAGACUUCGGCCAGCUGAGGGAGCGUCACACUGCACAGCUUCAUUAGCUGGUCUUGUCAGUGAGUGAGUGAGUGAGUGUGUCUGUGAGAGAGAGAGAGAGGGAGGGAGGGAAGGGGAAUCAAGUGGCUAAAACAUGGCUGUGGACCAAAGGCCUGAACCGUUGAGUCCCGUUGCUUGCAACUGGCUAGUGAAAAAUUUCAUUUGUGAAGUCCGCAGCUGGAAUUAAAUAAAUGAAUUGCUGUCCUCAGCCAAUUAAUUUGCAGAUUGUUCCACGUCUAAUAGCCGGAUCCUGUAUUUCUUAACUUGUUUUUUUAAUUUAAAACAUUUUUACGCCACCUUUCCACCCAAUAAAACUUGGAACCAUUAACAGCAACAUUAAAAUUAUAAAAAUAAUUCAAUAAAUACACAUAAGGAAUGCUAGAGCCGGGGGGCAGUA